GACCGUGGUGCUUUAGACCAGAGCAGCCGAGCAGAGCAGCCUGUCUGCUGGGGAGAGACAGAGGAAAAGUUAGUCAAGAUGGCAAAUCCCUCAGACCCGGAGUGAAGGGGCACCGCUCCCCGAAAAAAGCUGAGCCUGUCGCCCCCAACAAUGCAAACUGCUCCAGGAGGCUUGACAGGGAUUCCCUAAAGAAAAAUGCCAGUGAGGCUGAAGCUGAUGUGACACAGCGUGUGCUGGAAGAAAGCUGAGUCAUCAAAUAUCAAUCCCUCUGGGAGCUACUAAGCAGCAGAGAGCAGCUCAUAUCACCUAAUGCCUAGCUAGAAGAGAUCCUCACACCCCCCAACCACCAACGGAGAUUAUCAGACAGGAGAAGACGUUGCAGAAACCCCCUCCAGCAGGAAUAUAUCCAGCACUGGCUGCAGACGAAACAAAUUUUGGCACCAGAACGCCUAACAGUGACUGCUGUCCCAGCCGCCAACAGAGCUAAGAAUGGCAUCGCAGUGCUUCAGCUGAACCUUCCCAACUGACUGACCCAAGUUUAUAGAAACAUCAACAAUCAGCUGAUAAAACCACCAUUGUUCUCUAUCAGUUUUACCUCAAACCAUCAGUGUAAAGUUUGGAAGUAGGUUGCUCCUCUCAGCCCAGCCAGGCACCACCACAGUCAACCCGCCUUCACCCCGCCUCGCAGACCAUGAUGUUUCGCGAUCAGGUGGGCGUGCUUGCCAGCUGGUUCAAGGGGUGGAAUGAGUGCGAGCAGACGGUGGCUCUGCUGUCCCUCCUGAAGAGGGUGAGCCGGACCCAGGCCCGCUUCCUGCAGCUCUGUCUGGAGCACUCCCUCGCCGAGUGCACCGAACUGCAGGUCCUGGAGGGAGAGGCCAACAACCCAGGGGUGAUCAGCCAGUGGCAAAGUGAGUCUAAGGAGCGUGUCAUCUCGCUCGUCCUCACCCACCUCCCGCUGCUCAAACCUGGUAAUGUUGAAGCCAAGGGCGAGUACAUGCGCCUGCUACCACGCAUCCUGGCCCACACCAUCGAGCAUGGCCGCCACCUUGAGGAGUCUCGCCAGCUCCUUUCUUACGCCCUCAUCCACCCUGCCACCUCCCUGGAAGACCGCUCCGCCCUGGCACUCUGGCUCAACCACCUGGAGGAGAGGGCUGCUGCCCGGGGAGACUCACUGGAAAGGCCUCCUCCUUCAGGGCCGCACCACCACCACCACCAGUCCACGCCUCCAUCCACCCUCUCUUCAUCAGGAUCCUCCUCCUCCACGAACACCUCUUCAUCAGGCAACCUCUACUCCUUACAUCACCAACAGCGCUACGGCUCAGACGACCGCCUAAAUGGGUGGCAGAGCUCUAGGGAUUCAGGGCUGAGCGGAGGCUGGCAUCAGCAGCAGCAGGGCUGUGAGAACGGGCACCUCCUUCUUUACCCAUCAUCCUCUGUGCCGACAACCAUCAACACGGUUGGAACUGGUGGAGGCGGUACCACUAUCCUGACGAGUGGAGGUGGCAGCCAGCAGCACAGUCCCCUGAAGCGCUCCGUGUCCCUCACGCCUCCCAUGAGUGGCCCCAGCAACCAGCCUCUGGGCCACGUCUGGCUGUCCCAAGAGGACCUACGGACCGCUAGAGGCCCAGCCCCAGACCACGCACCUCUCUCACCCCAGAGCAGCAUUGCGUCCUCGGGCAGCGGAGGCAGUGAGCAUCUAGAGGAUGCUGUUUUAGGAGGAGGUUCAGGUCUGCAUCGCAGUUCCUUCCACGAUGAGGGCAGCGGCAUGAGGGAUGUUCCUGCUUGGCUGAAGAGUCUCCGUCUCCAUAAGUAUGCCGCUCUCUUCUCCACAAUGACCUACGAUGAGAUGAUGUCACUGACUGAAGAACAACUUGAGGCACAGAAGGUCACUAAAGGAGCAAGACACAAGAUCGUUAUCAGCAUUCUGAAGCUCAAAGACAGGCAGAACCUACUUCGCAGCUUGGAAAAGGAUGUGUUGGAGGGCAGUAAUCUGCGCUCCCCGCUGCAGGAGCUCCACCAGAUGAUCAUGACGCCUAUCAAGGCUUUCAUUGGUGGCGAGGAGGCCUCCUUGCAGCGCUCCCUGCUGAGCCCUGAGGGCAAGAGCGCAGCACCUGGCUCCCACCUGACGGGGGUUGGCGGAGGGGAGGCUGAGUCGGGUGCAACCAUCAUCGCCGAGGGGGAUCUACCUGGUCAGUUCACUCGUGUCAUGGGCAAAGUUUGUACCCAGCUACUGGUGUCGAGGUCAGACGAGGACAACAUCAGCUCCUACCUACAACUCAUCGACAAGUGCCUUAUACAUGAGUCCUUCACUGAGACGCAGAAAAAGAGGCUGUUGUCAUGGAAACAACAGGUCCAGAGGCUCUUCCGGUCCAUUCCAAGGAAAACCCUCCUCGACAUAGCAGGGUACCGACCGCAGAGGAGCCGUUUUGGCCAGUCGAACUCUCUCCCCACCGCUGGCUGUGUUGGGGGCAGCGUGUCGGCCAGGAGGAGCCUUCGCCAGUUCCAGAUGCCCUCCAGGAGUUUGCCUGGUGCCAGGCUGGGCCUGCUGGGCAGCGGGGGGCUGCUGGGACCCACACCUCGCAGCUCCAGCAGCACACCCACUGGUCCCAAGCAGGGAAGACAGGGUCUCUGGUUUGCCAACCCUGGAGGAAGCAACAGUAUGCCCAGCCGGACCCACAGCUCCGUGCAGAGGACCCGCUCCCUGCCGGUUCACACCACACCACAAACUAUGGUCAUGUUCCAACAAUCCGAUCUUCAACUACCGGUGACAGAGCCAGACAUCAACAAUCGCCUUGAGUCUCUGUGUCUGAGUAUGACAGAGCACGCCUUGGGAGACGGGGCUGACCGCACAUCAACAAUAUGAAACGAAGACCUGAGUGAGAGCAGUAGGACGGCGCAGGUUCACGGGGCUCUCUCACGAUAAGUCACCUCGAGGUCACCAGCCCUCCUGUCCCCUCUCCCUGUAGCCAAUGGUAGAGCUCAACCAAAGGAUCGGGAGGGAUCCAAGAAACACAAGAGAGCCGAUCAUUGAACGGCUAACACAAGCUAUCACAUUGGCACCGUCCAUCGGGUCGGAAAAAAACACACUUCCUGCUCCGCCAGCAUGCUCACAGUCAGCUGCAUCUGGGUGAGGAAAAAGAGAAAAAGCAUUGAACACGGCCUGGACAGUGUGCGAACAGUGCCCCUCCCCCCUCGGGGAGGCCAGAGGCCGUACUGCAGUCCAGCAGAAGGGAGGCGCUGGCCUGUGGAUCAGGGCCCAGUGAGACUGAGGCCCUUUCCCUUUCCGUACUCCCUCUGACCCCCUGCACAUUGACCACAGCUUGUGGCAUUCUUCAAAUCCAUAACAGUACCUCAGACCCAAAAACAAAACGAGACGAGCAGAGCUAGAAGGAAGUUUGGGAUUUCUUUGACUGUUUUCAGUGAGGACUGAGCGUCCAGAGAGGAGGCAUGUAGAGCUGGGAAAGUCCUCAUGCUCAGUAUUGGGUGGCAAAAACAAAAAAAAUCUUUUAUUUGUAUUGUAUGUAUUUAUUGUUUACAUAAUGAUGCUACUUUCAAAGGGUACAGAAACAUGUAUGAAUUUCAGGUAUGAAUCGUUAAAUAUUCUGUAAAGCCUUGGCUGUCUACCAGCUUUACGUCCCACAAGUAGCCAUCACGCUAGUUUACAACCAACGUGCUUAUUCUUUAUUUUAGCAGCCAACAGCAAAGACGUGUUGGCUUGAACAUUUACCAAGAGAGAGAAGGACAGAGGGAAGGAGAGAGAGCAGAUGUGUGAAGAGGAACAAGAAGGACACAGAAAGUAGUAGAUGAAAGAGUCAAGCUGAGGUGAUACUGGAAAGGGAAGCGGAUGUUUAAAGGAGAAAGACACCAGAGGCAGGACCUUUGAUGGGCUGAAGUUGACAGAGGAAGAUGACGUCAUGUCUGUUCAUGUGAGUGAGUGAGUGUAGGAGGAAGUGAGUUUGGCACCGGUCAGUUACAUAUUGUUUAUCCACAGCAUGUACUGUAUGAACUCUUUUGAAUUCAGAGCCUUUGUAGGCACGAUACAUUGAAAAUGUAUGGGUUUUUAUACACGGAAAUGGGAGAUUAAUAUCAGUGGGAUUCGUCUGCAUGUUCAGAUACUGGGUUUAGUUUGUUUUUUAAAGCAGGGUGAUAUGCUUAAGCUGCAUGUUACAACUAACUAUUUUUCUUGGAGGAAAGGAACAUUUUUGGAGAAGUUGGCAGAAAAAAGAAAAAAAAACAGGAGGUCUAUUUGGUUUCCACUCAGACAACAUUCGAGAAAUCACACUCUUGUAGAUCCAUGAAGGGUAGUUUUCCCAGAGAUUGUCUCAUUAGCGCUUACCUCCACCUGCUGGCCAAACACAGUCACGGCAGGGCAGAUGCUGAAGUCCAUGGACAUGCUGGCAGAUCAUUGAUAAAACAUUUAUGAGCAUUAUUUGGGGAGAUAUCAGUGCUGUAAGAAUAAUCUGUGUAACAUGGUCUUCUGUCUGCUCUGUCAUUACAGGCCUUUUAUGGAAUUUAUUUUCUUUCUCUUUUUUUUAAUUCUGAAUAAUGGCUAUUUUGUGUCUUAAUAUCUAUCCUCAGUUUAUUGUGUCUGAAAUACAGACUUUAUAAGAACAGGUUUAUAUUGAAAUAAGCUGGUUAGAAAACUCUCCUCUGUGCCGCUUUCAACCGAGCAUGUGCGCCGAGAGUCCUGACCCCUGAACGGCCAUCAUCAAGGAUUAUUGAUUAUUAUUGUUUAGUUUCCUUUUUUAGUUUGUUCUAUUCUAUAGUACUUCCUUUGUAUCCUGCACUUGAUAUGAUAAUGUGAUACACUAAAAUCCAAACGUUCAAGGCUCAAGCAACAGUUUUGUCUUUUGGAGUCGGAUCAAAUGGAGCAGAAUGAGGAGACGAGAUUGACGCUCGACUUCAGAGCUUCAGUGUCAGUGAAAGGACAAAAGUCGAGCAGUAGAACCACCUCAGGUGGAAGGAAAGCAGAGAGGAAAGAGCGUCUGACGUCUUGAUUUCUGUUUGUCUGACGGUGGAUGUUGGAGAUGAAUAUACUUUUUCAUGUCACGCACAAUUUAAAGGACCCCACCAGUGUUUGUGCAUGUUUUGGCUCAUUUAGUACUAUUUUAAUGCAUAUUACAUAACUAUUGUAAUUCUCGUUUUAUCUUUUUAUGUUUUUCCAACCUUCCAGGUUCACAGACACAAACGCAGCUUUCAAUUCAUUUUUAUUAUGGUAUUAAAUUGAAGUUUUUACACUUACCUGAGAAAGUUAAUAACAAAAAUGUGGACAAAAAUAAAAACAGGCAACUUCUCAUGUAGGCUUCGACUCUAGGCAAGCAGUUUCGAAAAAUAAUAUAAACUACUGGCUACCUACAAGUUUGGAGAAACAAUAUAGGAAACUAAAACCUUACAGUACGCUUUUAUAAAUAAAUCAAUUCAGUGUGGGACUUGGUAAAGAGCUAAAACAUGCAGAAAAUCUGUGAUGGUGCCUCAUUGUGACGUCUGGAGCCCAAACUGCCGCCUUGAUUGGUUCAAUGCGGCUUCAGAUCCGGUGAUGGUGGCUUGAAACAGCCGUCUGGAUCAGUGCUCACACAGCACAAAAAUAGUGUUUGUGUGUUCGUGACAACACAGCACACUUCAAAUUUUUUGCCUCAGUGUCGCAAUCGUUGUGUGUUUUCUGCUCUCAUACUUUGAGUCUGUAAGAGCCAAUCGACGUCGUUUGUGAGCGAAGAUGAAGAUUCCACCAAAAAUGAAUGUGACAUGAACUGAUGUUACACCUUUUUAUUUUUCUGAGGCUCCUCACUGAGAAGCGUCAUUGUGUCUCAUCGUAGACUUUCAGUGUCACUGCCAUAUGAAUCAGUACUUAAAGUAGAUGCAAUUAUUUAUUCUUUUUUUCAUAAUUUUUGCAGAGGUGAUACUUUUACUCAUUUAGGUGUAUUAUUAUUUAAAGUACCAUAUGUAUUAACAUGUUAUGGCUGGUGACCAUACGUACAUCUCAAAUAUUAACAUAGUUAUUGUUGACUUUGACUAUUUUCUUCAAUUAUUUGUUGUUGCUGUUGUUGAACUAUAAUCUUGUUUGUAUCUAUCAGUGUCAUGUUGAGAUUGUUUUCAUGUGAAGCUUCGCUGUCUGAGCACAACCGAGAGCAGCUGCCGGUCCGUCACAGAUACAUCGAUGCAUGUUCGGUUACAAAAUUCACGUCAGACGAGCUGUCAGCAAAAAAAACAGCAGUGUGUUGUUGUAGUCUUUGGCAGGCCAGGAAGUAGACUGGCUCAUUCUGAUCUGGAGUCUGAACUUGGUGCUGUGGGCGUGUUACCACCUAACUGUAUGGAGUGGGAGAGAUGAAAACUGUAGGUUUCAAUGUAUGUUACUUUAAAGGACAUGGUUGGUAUUAAUCUAUAUUUGUCUUAUUGACAACAAAUCCCACGAAAAGACCAAAUUCAACAGUGUGUUAGUCCGUCUGUCACUACUUUCUGACUUCUCUUCCCUGUCUUUGGCACUCGACACCAAGAUCUUCAAAGUGCAUAGUUUCAUUUUUAAAACCGCUCAGUAACUUUAGAAAACAGCUGGGCACUGUAGUUUUUAUCAAACAGAAAGAAGUGCAUUUUUUGGGGACUAUUUUCAGCGGCGGAUGAAUCCACAUUUGGUGCGCUAGUGAGUUUUUGUGGCAGCAGGACAGUGUAUCCUGCAUUUUGACGGUGGGAGUCAAAAUAAACUACAGUGUGUGUGUGUUCAUGUUAAUGAAGGAACAUGUCACACAAUGCAACAGAGCAGCAAUGCUCAUUGAUGAGUUUUAAUAGUUUUUAACAACAAUGGAGCUCCAUGGCACAGAGGAAGAAGAUUUAUCAGGCUUUGACACACACACAAUACUUGUUAGAAGAUACAUUCACUGUUUGUUUUGGUCUUUUCAUGGUGUUUGUAUUAAGAAGAGUUGGAAUGAUCACCAGACUUGUCCUUUAAACAUGUUUUGCAUCAUUUGUUAAAAUAAUCAAACCUGCAGUCAGUAAUGUAAUCAAAGGGAUUUUUGAAACCGUAGUACUUUUAUUUACUUUCAGAUCACUCUGCCAUGUCUGAGUUAUAAAGGUGUUGAUACAAAGUUCAGGAGAUCUUAUUUAAGUUUUUCAUAAAAACACUAGUUUUUGUCUGACUGACAGCGUUUAUAACCUGAGUUUAUGUGACAUAACGGUAAAGUUACAUGUUUUGUAUUUAGAGUUCAAAACAACACCACAGGCCUCCAGUUUCCUGCAGCAUCUCUGGGUCAAAGAGACGUCCGUGAGAACACAGAACGUACCUGUAACGGGACAGUGGAGGGUUACAGCCCUGAGGUCUGGAUCAUUACACAUCUCUUCAAACCAAAUGCUUUAUUUUUAUUUUGUCUAAAUGCAUAUCAGCUCUGUGGGUGUCCAGGAGUGCUUCUAACGCUGUGCACACUGCAGUAUUAACAGUUAGAUAACGCCUUGAUAUUCCAAAAAACAUUUAAUGUACUUUAAGUCAAGACAUAUAUGCUGUUUUGUAUCUUUUAUUUGUUGUCAUAGAUUCUGCAGUUUAGUAAUUUUAUGGGAUGCCAAGACUUUUUUUUUGUAAAUUCAGCAGCAUCCAUUCUGUAACAAAGUGUUACCGCUUGACUGUGCUCCUUUUAUUUCAUUUAGUUUUAUUUUAUCAAAGAGCCGAUGUCCUGUAUUGACUGCAGGCUUACGUAUAUAUUUGACAAAAGAAUAUUGUAUGUUUAAUAAUAAAAAAACACAAAAAAGAAAAAAAAUUGCAGAAAAAAGAAAUGGAGAAAAUUUAAAGGAAAAAAAGAUGUAAUUUAUAUUUUAAAACUGCAUGCACAAGGCUGGGAAAGUCAUAUUUAGAAUAACAAAUGGCAGUGCCUUUUUUGUACUUGAGAUAUUCACCCCAAAUGUAAAUGUUUUUAUAUAGACUUUAAAAACUGUAAUGUUACAGGAUGAAACAGCUGUGUCGGGUCACGUUCACACUGAAGCUACAAAUGUCCUAAUUCAGAUUGCGCCCCCCAUUCCUGUAUGAUCCACCCUUUUCAAUGUAGAAAAAACAAUAAUUACUCUGUUUUCCUAACUUUCCAAGGCCCAAAUCUGAUCCACAUGUCCAUAUUGCUAUAGAUGUUUUAUUUUACUACCCGUCGACCUGAUCUCUAUGUCCAAAAAUUCACCCACGUUUGAUAGAUUUGAUGUUUAUAUAAGACUAAGCAAAAAAAAUUAAGAUCAUGAAUUUUGUUUGUAUUUGAGUAGACUCCUUAAACUUGUCUGCAGCCCCAACAUCAUCCUCACGGUGAUAACUAAGUUGUUUGUCUUGUACUGGAGCUGCAACUAAUAAUAUGCUGAGUAUUUUCUUGAUGAAUUGAAUAAUCAUUUAUCCUAUAAAAGGUCAGAAAGCAGUGAAAAUGACCGUCGGGUAACGUCUUUAAAUUGGCUUUUUUUUGUCUAACCAACUCUCCAAAACCCAAAGAUAUUCUGUUUGUAACAAUGACAAGAAAAAGCAGCAAAUCCUCACAUUUUAUCAUUCAAAUGAAAAGAAAAUUCACAAACUACGUCCUCGAUUUAUGUAAGCCAUGGAUGAGUGCACACGUUAUGCCUGAUCAAUGUAAUGCAUUUCAAACCGAUGUGCCUCAGUAGAUCGAUAAUGGCAGCAAUACUGACAUUAUAAAGUGGGUCGGGUGUCGACCAGACAUUUGAAACUGUUCUUUAUUCACUGUUUUAAAGUUCAGUGAUACCACCUUCAGCAGGAAACCCUUCUGCAUAAAGUUGCCUUAUUUAUCAAUAUGUGUCACUCAAACUGCCCGAUUCUUUUCUGUUUUGUUAAUGCCAUUAAUACUAACUCAUAGUUUCCACUUUUAACAUUGUUUUUAAAUUCUCGGGUUCCUCAGAACAGUCCCGAUCAAUCUUCUGUAUUGGAGGAUAUCCCGAGUUUAGGAUCUUAAUUGGGAGUGAAAAUCAUCCCAAAUCUCAUCAAAAUCCAUCAAGUAAAUCGACGUGAAAGCUAACUUUAAAUUGAUGAUCUCCAGUUUACUGCACAUGGUCGACAGCACAUCGCAUGACGUUUACAACUUCACAGCUAAUUUAAAGUCCAUUUCAAAAUAAACUUGAAUGUUUUUCAUCCCUUAAACCUUCGCAGUCAGUAAUUAAUGCAGCUUCAUGUCUGAUUAUUGCUGCUCUCAAAAGCUAAAUGUGAACAUUCAAAUACAAAGUUGAAUCUGAAUUGAGGUGUGCAGUGUGAACAAGGCUCGCAGCGGUGAACUCGAUCUGUUGUUUUCUGUACUCUGUAGGUACUUCUUAAUGCUGAUAGGAGGUUAUUCAGAAUAAUUAUUCUGGUCUGUACAAAAAAAUGUGUGAAUGAGUGUGUAACAGUGAGUGUGUGUGUGUGUGUGUUAAUACAUUCAACUGUUAUUCAA